AUGCGAACGCUUUGUGAUGCUUGUGAGAGCGCAGCCGCCAUCGUUUUCUGUGCUGCUGAUGAGGCUGCACUCUGUCGUGCUUGUGAUGAAAAGGUUCAUAUGUGCAAUAAGCUAGCUAGUAGACAUGUUCGGGUUGGUCUUGCGAGUCCAAGUGAUGUGCCGCGCUGCGACAUAUGUGAGAAUGCACCUGCUUUCUUCUAUUGCGAAACCGAUGGAAGUUCCCUUUGUUUGCAAUGCGAUAUGAUAGUUCAUGUUGGUGGUAAAAGAACACAUGGAAGAUAUCUUCUCUUUAGGCAAAGAGUUGAGUUUCCAGGUGAUAAACCUAGUAAUGCAGAGAAUCCGUCUUCGCAACCUUUGGAUCCGGGCGAUAUUAAAAGAGGACAAAGUCCACUUCCUAAACAAAAAUCAGGAGAGAAGCAACAGAAUCAUAGGAUGCCUCCGGUUCCAACUUUAGAACCUAAUGCCGAUGGAAAUACCAAGAUGGAUAAUAAAUUGAUUGAUUUGAACAUGAAGCCUAAUAGAAUACACGAUCACGGAUCGAAUCACCAGUCAUAG